AUGGCACCGGACAAUACACCAGGCGCUGCACAGGGCCCAGGCUGCUACGCCAUGGCAGUUAACGACGAUAUCCCUGACGACAUCCAGCUGGGCAUAGCUGAAAAGUCUGUUGCCUAUUUGGGAAAUGCCGUCGGGCUGCCAGCAGCGCCUGGUUUGGGUCUGAUGGAUCCAGAUCACGUGCUACAUCGGAUCUUUGCGUACGACCCGCCAGCGCUGGACAGUUUGUGGGAUGCCGUACGAGCCGGCAAGACGUGGAGCGGUCUCGUUUGCAUGCCGUCACACCUAGAUCUCCGGGGCCUGCGGGACGCCGCCAGCAUCACCGCCACGUCCACGUCACCAUGCGCCGGCCAACGCGCCCUCAGUGCGGCCGCCGACGCCACCGCUGCCGUCGUCCCCGAAAGCAUGCCAUGGAGCCAGGGGCUUUUGUACGGCGGCGGUGGCAGCGGUGGAGUCGGUGGCGGCGCCGCUGCCGAUACGGACGUCGUGGGCUUGCUGCCACAGCAGCUGCAGCGGCACGGGAGCGGCACGGGCUCGCGGGUCGGUGGCGGCGCGACGGCGGCUACAGCUACGUGCGCCUCGGCGGCGGCGGUUGCUGUACCUGUCGGCUCUGGACGAGGGGUGGGGGAGAGGAGCACAGCUGUCGUUACCGCGGCCGCCGCUGGCUGUGGCAGCGGCGACAGCGGUGGCGGCGGCGGCGGGGGCUCCUGGGGAUUCGGCUGGGUAUCGCAUCUGCCGUCCGCCAGCCUGCCAUCGCCACAGGCGCCGCCGGCUGAGUGCAACGCCAGCGCCGCCGGUUCACUCUCUCCUGACGUGGUGGCCACUAUUACAGGGCCGCCGCCGCCGCGAGCUACUGCAGCCACAGCCGGCGGCAGUAGCGGUGGCGGCUGCAACAACAGCGGCAGCCGCGGCAAACCCGUUAUGAAGCUGCCGCGCAACGUCUCGGCACCCACCUUUCGCAGCGUUGCGAGCUCAAGCCGUCCUCUGCCGUCGGUACUGGAGGCGGAGGCAAGCUGCGGCGGCAGCGUUUGCGGCAGCGGAAGCGCCGCCGCCGUCAGCGUGGCGACGCUUCUGGCGCAACGUGCCAGCUGGAACGCCGACCAGACAUUCCCAGCCCAAGCUGGAACGUCGCUGUACGGCAGCUCUCCGUUGACGAUGCCGUCAAGGCAGCUAUCCACUUCGGCGUCCGUCGGUAGCGGCGCAGCUGGCGGCGGCGGCGGCGGCAGUGCAGGACUGUUUGGUCCUUUGGGCCUGAUCCACAGCCCUUCUUCAGCUCAGCUGUCGUACUGGGCCAACUCCCGCCGUACACGCAUUCACAGAUCAAACAGCCUGGCGCAGACGGAGUACGCCCUGGACGGUAGCUACCGUGCCGCGCGGAUUGCGGCGUCAGCGGCGUCUCAGGGCCUUCUAGGCCUGGGGCCUACUACUGCUUUCGCUGGCGGCGGCGGCGGGUGGUCGUACGGCAGCGCUGACGGCCAUCAGUGCUGCAGCCCCCGCGGCUUGGAUGCGUCCCUCGCGGAUCAGUUGUCGGGUCCCAAGUUUGUGUCGCCCCUGGUAGCUAGUACGGCAGCGGCAGCGGCGCCGCCAACGACCGCGGCGCGGCAGCUGUCGUGUGGCGGACGUGGCGUGGGCCAGCCGGCACCUGCGCUAGCCGGCGGCGACGACGCAGCCGCUGCCGCGCCGAUGGCGAUGGUCUUUGGGCGCACGCCGCCGGGCCUCUGCGGCGACGCAACGGAGGCGGCCGCCACAGCGGCCGCCGUCGCCACCACCCUCCCAUCGCCGCCGCCGCCUGUCCGCCCGCUACAGCUCCCCAACGCGCAAUCAGCAUUGGGCUCCAGCUACAGCCACAGUCACAGCGUCACCUCACCCUCCACGCCCUCGUGUGGUGGUUUCGGAGCCUUGAGCGGCGCACAGCAGUACAUGGCGAGAUCGCAUGAGGAGGUGACGGUGCUGUUCGCAGACAUCGCCUCCUUCACCAGCAGGUGUGGUCAGGUUCCGCCCCACCGAGUCAUGGCGUUCCUCAACGACCUCUUCACCAUUUUUGACCAGCUGGUGGAGAAGCAUCAAGUUUACAAGGUCGAGACCAUCGGAGCCCAACUCUCAAGCGUGUGGAACCGUACGCAGCUUCCGCUCAACCGUGCUCCGUGCGCGCUCAACUGCCAGCUCCCACUCGCGCGCCUGCCGACUAUCACCAACUGCCCGUGUGCGCCACUACAGUCCGGUAGCUUCCGAGCCGGGCCGCCGUACAACUACCUGCUCACACUCGCGCAGCUGCCGACCGCUACGCUACCGCCUGUACGGCUGAGGGGGGUUGGGGUGCCGUACACGAGUUAG